AUGCCCAGUCCCGUCUGGUCGGAUAAAAGCGCAGGUCUACAAGCUCUCAACCCUACACCACCGACCAUCAAACAAGAACCGAAACCCCAAUCUCGAAACACCUACAGAAUGCCCCACGGCUUCGACAAGCUCCUCCACCACUCCCCAGAACCAGACUCCCCUCCGCGACGCCCAUCUACCCAAUCCAGAUACCACCUCCACGUCCGCCAACAGCCCGUCGCCGCACGAGCCUGCGGCGCAGGUGAUCGAGAUCGCCGCCCCGUCGACCCACCCCCAAUCGUCCAAAUCCUCCUCACAGACUUCGACCCAAACUCCCAAGAAGACCGCGACCUCCUCCAAGACCCCCGCUUUACAGUAGGCUGUCUCCUCUUCCCCGUCUCGCCUUCCUCCCCCUGGGCCGAACCAACAGACACCGAUCCCCAGCGAGAGCGAGACCACGAAAGAGAUACAGGCGGUAUCGCCCGCACAGACGAUGAUCUCUCAACCCCCUUGCUCUCCGGCAAAGCGUUCAUGUCGCCCUUCUACGUAAAUGCAGACCCAGACCCGAACUCAGCACCCGCACACCCCUCCUCCAUCCCCGACCCUAGUGUGCACAUCUUCGGCGCGGCCAGUCGCCUCCACCACCCAGCUACCUUUUUCAUUUUUGCCGAUCUGUCUAUUCGCUCGGCGGGCCUUUACCGUCUUCAGUUCCGACUGAUGAAUUGGGGCUCCGUCGAGGAUACGGGGCAGUCCAUGCCUAUCCUUGCAGAGGCAUGGUCGGAUCCCUUCCGGGUGUAUCCUGCUAAGGACUUUCCUGGAAUGCGGGAUUCGUCGAUUCUCGCGGAGGGGUUGAAGGAGUUGGGGUUUGUGGAGUUGAAAACUAGAGGGCAUGGGAAGGGGAAGGGGAAGAAGAGGCGGUGA